AUGAAGCGCUUGUUCAAGAUAUCAUCGGGAGAGCACGGCAGAGGAACAGUCAUCGUCAAGUGGCAGCCAGAGGGAAACUUUCUGGCGACAGCUGGGCAAAACGGCCUGGUGCACAUCUUCGACCGACAUGGCCAACGCGUGGACGAGAUCUCACUCCAAGGGCAGGGUUCGAUCCUGGCCCUUGACUGGGACAUGGACGGCGAGUGCCUCGCGGUGCUGCAGGAGGGCAACGGAGUCAUCCCCAUAUGGGACUCCUCCUCCAGAAGCACUCUCAGCAUCGACACCAACCUCAAGGACCCCACCUUUAUGGCAUGGUCCGCGAUCGGUCCUCAGUUGGCGGUGGGAACCGCCAAGGGCAACAUCUUGAUGUACAACAAAAGGACCAGGAAAAAGAUACCUGUUCUCGGGAAACACCCUCGGCGUAUCACGUGCGGUGCGUGGGGAGAGACCAAUCAGCUCGUCCUGGGGUCCGUGGACAGCACCCUCACCGUGAGCAGCGACACGGGGGACACACUGGAGCAGACGCAAUUAAAACGAGCCCCCACUGCUAUGUGCUUCCUCGGUGGAAAGCGCGGUCGAGACGGUCAUGGUCGGCCCUCCUCCCCACAAGCGACCCGCACGGUGACACCACCGGCGGACAAAAAGAUCGUCGUUGCCAUUAACCUCAGCGGCAAGUCCUUGCUCCUGUACAGCCUUGACGACCCGGACAGGCCCGUCGAGUUGGCGUUUCAAAACAAGUACGGCAACAUCGUCGUGCACCGACAGUUCGGCGAUAGCUAUCUGCUGCUUGGCUUUUCCGAGGGCUAUUUGGUGCUGAUAUCUACCCACAUGAGUGAGAUCGGAGAGGAGCAGUUCAGCGGUCGAUUUUUCGACGGAGGCCUGACAGACGUGUCCUACUCGCCUGAGCUCCGCCAAGCGGUAGCUGCCGGCCCAACGAGUAUCAAGGUAGUGAACAUGAGAACGUACAAGGAAGUGAGCGAGGAGCAAGUUCCGACGUCCAAAGAGGACGGCGGGAUCUGUGGCCUGGCAUGGUGCCCAGACGGACAGAUCCUCACUGUCGCCACCGCAACGGGUGACGUCUUCAACUUCUUGGCGAGGAUGCCAAUCGUCCACGCGUCCUGUGGCCCCUGCGUUGCGUACCUCUCGUCAUUGCGGCAAGUUUCCGUCGUGGACGUGGCUCGGCCGGGGGAAAAGCCGCUGAACGUCCCCGUCGGCAUCGAGCCGACGAUCGUCGGGCUUGGCCCGGCGCACGUGGCCGUGGCCAUGAACGACCGGGUAAUUUUCUACCGCGCUACGCGGAAGGACAAAUCACAGGUGGAUGAACGAGAGUACAACGGCCGCGUCACCGACGUGCAGCUCAACAGCACCUGUGCCGCUGUGCUUAGCGGCUCAAAGGUUAUCUUGCAGAGAAUAGAGCUCGACGGGAAGGGUGGCGCAGACGGGCCCGGGGGGCGACACGGCAGAUCGCCCGCCAUCGCCGUCGGUGGCGGCGCAUCAACGGGAAGCGGUGGUAGGGAGGGAGCGGGGAUGAUGGCCAGUCCCAGCGCUCGAAAAACGUUCCCGGAACGGGCUGACCGCGAACACGGGGAAGCGACGGUGGUGGGGCUCACGGAGGCGUUCUUGAUCUACGCCACGAAGGCGGGGACGGUCGAGUUUUUCUGUCUGUCGGAGUGGGCGCCGCUCGCAGGAAUUGAGCUCAAGCACGCCUCCCCGGUGCUCCGGCUGUGGCCGAACUACCUAGGCACCAGGGUCGUUUUCGUGGACGCGGUGGGCGCGGGAUGGUUGUAUAGCCCCUCGAGCGACAAGCUGACGCAGAUCGAAGGCUUCCCGCCAAACUGUCGGCACUGCAUGUGGGAUCAGGUAGACCGGGACGUGCUCAUGAUCUCGGACGGAAGGGAGUUGCACACGUACGUUCAUUCGCACACGACAAUCCGGGGCAGCAUGGUGACCAAGUUGGGCUUGGUUGAGAUCAGCGAGGAUGGAGGCGUCGCCAUGUCACCAGACAGCACCCCACUCCCCCCACAACACGCACCCGUGGUUAGCCACAAGGGAACAAUCACGUGCCAGACGCACACGGGAAACAUCGCGUCUUUCGUGGCAGCCCCCUACGAGUUCGCCAACGCGGGAAGUCGGGCUCCCAGCGACGUGUGGGAGAGGUGCUUCUUAGAAAAUCUGGCGUUGCUUAGGCUGAAGCAGGCGUGGCGGGCCGCGCUACAGCUAGACGAGCGACGGUAUUGGCUAGCGCUGAGCAACAAGGCAAUGGAGGUCCUGGACGUUCAGAUGGCGGUGCAUGUCUACCGACAGCUCGGGGACGCGGGGAUGGUCAUGGGCCUGGAACGCAUCGCCUACGUGGAGGACAAGAACCUCUUGGCGGGGCACGUGGCCCUCCUGUUCGGCAACUAUCAGACCGCGCAGGAUUUGUUCCUGAGCAGCAGCCGACCGGUAACAGCGCUGGAGAUGAGAUGGGACCUGAGACACUGGGACCAAGCCCUCAAGCUGGCGCACACGCUCGCCCCACACAAGGAGCCCGAGCUGUGCGUGGAGUACGGCCAGCAAUUGGAGUUUCGAGGCAGCAACGACGACGCUCUUGCGAUGUACGAGUCUGCCCUCAGCAGCACCAGUGGUGGUAGUGGCGGCGGCAGCGCCGAAGAACACAAGCUGUCUUCCCCCCCUGACGCCGCCGGCGGCGACGUGGAAGACGACGAUGAGGACGCCGCCGCUGCCCGGGAGGACGAGACCCGACGAGCGGUGUGCCUGGCCGGGGUGGCUCGCUGCACGCUGCGGUCGGGCGACCUGCGAAAAGGGUUGCGGCUCGCGAGAGGAGCCGGAUCGUCCCAGCUGUUCCGGGAAUGUGCGGGUAUCCUCGAAAGCAUGAAACAGCCGGCGGAAGCCGCUGCGAUGUACGAGCUGGGAGGCCAGGACCACCGUGCCGCCGCUAUCUACGUCGCCGCCAAGGACUUGGACAAGGCCGCGACGGUCAUGCCGAGGGUAACGCAGCCCAAGCUUCUCGGACAGUACGCCAAGGCCUGCGAGAUAACCGGAAGGUGGGAGCAAGCCUUGGAGGCGUACGAGCGAGCGCGGGACAUGGACUCGGUGGUGCGGCUGUGCCUCGACCAGCUCGACCAGUCGCAUCGAGCGUUCGCUAUUGUGCGAGAGAACGCGUCCAGCACUGGCGCGGAGAUGGUGUCACGGCACUGUCAGGAUGCCGGGGACUGGGAGGGCGCGAUCGAGUUCCUGCUCAUGGCCAAGAGGACAGCCGACGCCUUCAGCCUGGCCAAAUCGCACGCACGGAUGGACAUCUUCACGAAGGUGUUGGGUACUGACGUUUCUCCCGACGACGCCUUGAGCGUGGCUCGGUUUUACGAGGGAAAGCACGAGCUCGGCAAGGCGGGUAAAUUCUACAGCCUGUGCGGGCAACAUCACCGAGCACUCAAGCUCUUCCUUCAGUGCGGCAAGCAGGAGGUGGAGGCCGCCAUAGCCGUGGUGGGCAAGGCCCGCAACGACAUGCUGACGCAUACCCUGAUCGACUUCUUGAUGGGGGAAACGGACGGGGUCCCCAAGGACCCCAACUACAUCUACCGCCUGUACAUGGCUCUGGGCAGCUACUCUCAAGCUGCAAAGACGGCGAUCAUCAUCGCCAAGCAGGAACAGGACUUGGGCAACUACAAGGUGGCGCACGGGAUCCUCUUCGAGACGAUCCGACAGCUAGAGGAUCAGGGGAUACACGUCCCGCAGUCCCUCCGUCGAAGCUUUGUGCUGCUGCACAGUUACAUUUUGGUGAAAAAAAUGGUCCGACGCGGAGACCACGAGGGCGCGGCCCGGAUGCUGUUGAGGGUAGCCAGGAGCAUCUCGCGAUUCCCGACGCACAUCGUGCCCGUGCUUACGUCUACCGUCAUCGAGUGCCAGCGGUCAGGGCUGAGGAACUCGGCGUUCGAGUACGCGUCGACGCUCAUGCGGCAGGAGUACCGAGGACAAAUCGACAAGAAGUACCGCCGCAACAUCGAGGCCAUCGUUCGCCGUCCGAACCGCGACGAAGAGCCAGAGCCGACUUCCAAGUGCCCCAUCAGCGCGGCUGAGGUGCCGAUCACCCAACUCGAGUGCCCUUCUACGAAGGACGCUCUCCCUAUGUGUGUCAUAACGGGACAGCACAUGGUGAAGGAGGACUGGUGCCUCUGUCCGAGGUCAAGGAUGCCGGCACUCCUGUCGCACUACGAGAGUCACCUGCAGUACGAACAGGCGAACAACUCCAAGCCCCACGAGAGACGGGGAAACGGCGAAGACCGCGAAGAAAAACAGACCGACGCGGCGGCAAACGACGAGGCCGGUGGAGCACACGGUCGAGUAGAACCAACAGCACCGAGAGGGGCAGCAGCAGGAGGAGGAGGCGAGUACUUAGGCUACACCGGGACGGAUCCCGUCACCGGGCAGCUCGUGCGAAGCGGGGAGCUCGUCAAGGCCUCUCCGGCGGAGGUGGCCGACUACCUCAAGCGCUACAACGAGCUGGACGACGGAGAGGAGGGCAAGGAGAACGACGGCGCGCCGGGAGGGCGAGAUACGGGCGCUGCUGCGGGGUCUUCGGCGGGCGGCGGUGGCCGAGGGGCGGUGAACGAGGCCUUUGGCGUUGACGAUGGCGGGCGGGCAGCGGACGCCCGGGACCACAAGAACGGCGAGGGCAGGGCGAAGGACUCAGCUCCGGUUGCCUCUGCUGGCGGGGGGGCGUAUCGCGGCAACCACAACGUGCCGGCGGCUGGCUGA